CGCCUCUCCGUCUCCCUGGAGACCCACGCGUCCUCGGUGGGCUCUGGCCGGGAGAAGGAGCCAGGCCCGCGCCGGGGGAGCCACGCUUUGGGUGAACAAGGGUUGUUCCUCAGGGCCAGUCCACCGAGGCUAAAGGCUGUAAACCUCCAGAAGAGACCUUCAGCAGUAAUCUUCAAGUUCAGAGAUGACAACUCUGCCCCCACUGCCCAUUGCACGUUCCAAGCUUGCAUCUUUAGCCAGACAGAAGCUGCCAUGCUCCCCCUCCGUAAUCCCCAGAGCUCAGCUGAUCAAAGAAAAAGAUGAGAUAGACCAUUACGUGGAGGUGAAUUUCAAAGGAUUGUCGAAAGAGGAAGUUGCUGCUUACCGGAACACUUACAAGAAGAACAUCUGUGUGGACAUGCUGAGGGACGGCUACCACAAGUCCUUCAGGGAGCUCUUUGCUCUGAUGGAGAAGUGGGACGCCCUGAGGGAGGCUGCCAGAGUGAGGUCUGUCUUCUGGCCACAGAAGCCCCUGGAAGAGCAGCCAGACAAGCUGGACCACCUAUACCUAUACCUGACCAGGGCUGAGGAGGCAGAAAGAAAAGGGUACUUUGAAGAUAUCUAUGAAAACCUGUACAUUCUGGCCUGUUACUUCGAUAACAACGAAGACAAGUGGGUAAGGAAUCACUUCUAUGAGCGGUGUUUUCAGGUUGCUCAACUAAUCAAAAUCGACGGCGGGAAGAAAGAGGCAGAGGCACAUGCACACAUGGGACUUCUCUUUGAGGAAAAUGGUCAGCUUCUGGAAGCCGCUGAGCAUUAUGAAGCAUUCCAUCAACUGGCACGGGGGCGGAUAUGGAAGGAUGAGGCCGGCGCCUUCCUCAACUUGUUGGCCUGUGAGAAUCUCCUGAGGACGUACAGAUUACUAUCAGACAAAAUGCUGGAAAAUAAAGACUACAAACAGGCCAUCAAAAUUCUAAUAAAAGCUUCUGAAAUCGCCAAAGAAGGAAAUGACAAGAAAAUGGAAGGACAAGCAUUCUAUUAUCUGGGCUUAGCAUACUUGGCUGCAGGAGAGCCUGAGACAGCGCUUAGAGUGCUCAAUAAUUACUCUGCAAUCUCCGCGGAGCUGGAGGACGAGCUCAGCCUGGGCAGAGCCUAUGAAGCCAUCGCCAAGGUGCUGCAGAGUGAAGGAAAGACAACCGAAGCUAUUAACUACUUGAAAAAAGUUGUGAAAAUUGCAGGGAACAAUUUUCAAAAGCUUGAUGUCAUCAGGGCAAGUACACUCCUUGGGGACCUCUAUAAUGGAAAGGGCUACUACAACAAAGCUUCUGAAUACUUUCAGCAAGCUUUUGACACCACAGUAAAACUCGUAAACAUGCCCCUGAUGGACGAGACCAAGGUUCAUUAUGGCAUAGCGAGAGCUCAUCAGAUGAUGCUGUCAAUGAACAAUUGCAUCGAAGCUGAGAAUGUCGCCAGCCUCGACUGCCUACUGUCCUGGAAGGGGAGCAGAAGCAGCAUCACAGCAGAUUACAUUGUCGAUGGAUCUAGAAGAUUCACGAUGAGAAGUUUAUCUCCAGCGCUAGAGAGUUUGGAAGAUCUCGCUGGAAGUGUACACAAGCCAAAAAUUGAAACUUAAACCGGCUUCUAGCUUGGCAACAAAGCAGGAAGAAAUUUAUCUUUAUCGUGUCACCUUAGUCUUUGAUAUCUGUAAUGGAAGUAUGUUACAGAUUGAGCUUAAUAAAACUAUGAGUGUUUUCAUUGA